AUGACUAAACUUACUUUCCAUCCUCGCUCUCCUUCUCCCCCAACAACCAGCGCUACUCCAGCGUCCAAACGUCAACGUAUCAACCCCACCUUAUCUACCCUGCCAUUCGAACUCUUCGUAGCCAUUGCUCAAUUCCUCGAUUACAACUCUCUCGUCAACUUGUCUCGCGUCAGCCGCGCCCUCCAGGAUCCCUCUGAAUCCAUCAUCUACUCAAGUCUACCACUCAUGGAUCUAGCGGGUAGGAUCUCUAGCUCUUCCCGUUCUUCGGCUCACCUCCUCGAUCUCGCUUUUGACAAGUGGGAACAGCUCAUCGGACCGGAUGGCAGUGCCGACGUACUUUACGGAGCUAUGGAGCUACUCAGAUCGUCAUUCAACUCCAGACCUCAGAGACUGAUGUGGGUGAGGGAAGUAAAAGUUCAUUGCUGGCAAGAGUCGCCUGUCAAGAUAAUGCCUUCGUAUACGAAAGAAACUUUUGACAAUUUUCCGAAACUGUACAAAGUGGAGAGAAUGUCUAUCGCUUUGGAAUCUGAUUGGGAGGCUUAUCUCAUCGGAUGGCUCAAUAUCGCUCCUGGCAUCAAAUCCCUCAUCAUCUACGCUGGCGAAAUACCACCCGAGGAGUCAGACGAUGAGGAAGAAAAGACACACGAGAAGGAUGAGAAACCUUGGCCUGUGCUGGAAGAGUUGGAGGAGUUGACGGUGUUAUCCAUGUUGACGACUUUGGAAGGGUUUAUCAGUUGGGUCAUUCGAACAAGCCCCAAACUUAGAAUGUUGAAGAUUAGGGCGUUCGGAUAUAAGCAGACAGGUCAUCCAAGGGAGAAACUGUACGCGGAUUGGAAGGUGACAGUGGAAUCGGAGUUGGUCAAGACGCUCAAGGAAAGAGAGAAAGAGAAAGGGAAAGGGAAGAUUGUGUUGGAUAUCCCGGAUAAACUAGUGGAUGUGUUGGAAGGGAGGAAGCCGACGUUCAAGAGGACUCAACACUAUUGGGAGAGGGAUGAUUAUUGA